GCCGAUUUUGACAAGACGGCAGAAGAGAUCCGGGACCUCCUGGCAAACAUCAGGCCUGAUGAGGAUAUCCCAGUAAAAGAUCACGUCGGCACCCCUGAGGCCAUGAAAUACCCUCUGUACCCUCAUCAGCAACUCGCGUUAAGGUGGAUGAUAGACAGUGAGGAGGGAAACAACAAGGGUGGCAUCCUCGCUGAUGAUAUGGGUCUUGGAAAGACAAUCUCGACCCUGGCCCUGAUGGUCAGCCGGCGGUCGUCUGAUAAGAUCAAGACGAACCUCAUCGUCGGGCCGGUUGCGUUGAUCAAGCAGUGGGAAAUCGAGAUCAAGAAGAAGGUCAACCCUAGACACCAGUUGAGAGUGCUGCUAUACCACGGCAAGGCGGCCACGUUUGAGACGAUGCGCAAAUACGACGUCGUCUUGACAUCCUACGGAAAGCUGAGCGCCGAGGAGAAAAGAUCUCAGACUUGGGAAGAAGAUCACCCUGGUCAAGACCCUGCCGCCUCCGAGGAUCUGGCAAAAAGCUGUCCAUUGAUGCACCCCAAGAGUAGAUUUUACCGUGUCAUCUUGGACGAAGCCCAGUGCAUCAAGAGCCCCUUCACGUACCAAUCUGCGGGAGCGGCGCGGGUGAGGGCCACUCAUCGCUGGUGUCUGACUGGAACGCCUCUGAUGAAUGGAGUCUUCGACUUGUGGGCCCUCCUGCGCUUCCUCAACAUUCGUCCUUAUUCCUGCCAGUCUUCUUUCACCAUCGCGUUUGGUUGCUUGACUCCAAAGUCUGACCGAGCUCGCGCAAAUGUCUCAGAGGCCGCCAAGAACAAAGCACUGAGAACACUUCGCAUCCUUCUGAAAUCCAUUAUGCUUCGCAGAAUGAAGACAUCCAUGCUUGACGGCAAGGCUCUCCUCACGUUACCCCCAAAGACGGAAGAAGUCGUGCAUGUUGUCUUCGACGAGGAAGAGCGAGAGUUCUACACCGCCCUAGAGGCCAAGACCAAGGUCACGUUCGACCAGUAUCUGAGCGCCGGAACUGUGGGCAGGAACUACUCAAAUGUCCUGGUCUUGCUUCUCCGCCUGCGACAAGCUUGUUGUCACCAACAUCUUAACUUAGACAUCGACUACGUCGGCACAUUUGAGACGACCAGAGACCAGAUGAUAUCCCUCGCCAAGUCGCUGGGCGCCGAUGUGGUCAGACGUCUGAAGGAUACAUGCAGAGAAGGUUUCGCAUGCCCAAUCUGUCUGGACGCAGUUAUGGAUCCGACUAUUGUUCUUCCAUGCGGUCACAGCAGCUGUGGGGAAUGUUUUGCAACUUUCGUUGGAGCCUGUGACGAGAAUCAUCUUCGUGCUGGCGACGACCGUAAGCCUCUGAAGUGUCCCGAGUGCCGCGGUCAAAUCAACACAAGGCACGUCAUCAAUCUGGCAGCGUUCAAAGCUGUUCAUAUGCCCGAGACCGAACUCGGUUCCGAGACACCUUCAAAUGCCGGCGAUGACAACUUAUCCGUUGCAGAGCCUGCCGCAGGUCCAGCCGGUCAGGACAAGACCGAUCGAAACGGAAACAUCCAAGAUGUCGUUGUUAAGGGUAAUGAGAGCGACAACAAUACCAAAGGCAAGGCGCGAGAAGGCAAGGGCAAGAACAAACUGACGAAGGUCGAGCCAUACACUCUGAAGAGCCUCCGUAUGGAGGCGAGGAAGAACUUGACCGAGUACAAUCGCUACAUGGAGUAUCUCAGGACACGCUGGAUGCCGUCGACAAAGGUUGACAAAUGCUGUGAAAUUCUUGAGAGCAUCCAAGAGAGCGGCGACAAGACCCUUGUCUUCUCACAGUUCACCUUCCUGCUGGAUUUGCUCGAGAUCCCCAUCAUGCACCACCUUGGCAUCAAGUGUUGCCGAUAUGAUGGAAGCAUGUCGCGUAACAAGCGAGAUGCUGCCAUCCAGGAAUUCCAGGAUCCCACUUCUGACACAAAGGUCAUGCUGGUGUCCAUCAAGGCUGGCAAUUCUGGUCUCAAUCUCACUGCUGCCAACCAUGUCAUUAUCAUGGAUCCCUUUUUCAACUACUUUGUAGAGAAUCAGGCAAUCGACCGUGCCCACCGGAUCGGUCAACGCAAGCCAGUCAAGGUGUACCGUAUCCUUGUCAAGGAUACGAUCGAGGAUCGCAUUGUCGAUAUCCAGGACAACAAGCGUCGGAUGGUUGAUGCUGCCCUGGACGAGGGCGAGUUCAAGCAGCUGGGUAGAAUGUCUCUCCAGGAUAUUCAAUACCUUUUCUACGGCAGAGAGUGAUGCAUGAGGGUGUAGUUAGUGGUGUAGAAUGGACUAGUCAAUGUGUCCCAUCGCAGCGAGAAGCUGACAAACGUUUUCCAC